AGAUGAUGAUGAUGAUGAUGGCGAUGAUGGAGAUGGGAGACGAGUGACAGAGCGACAACAGCAAGAAGCCCAGACCAAACCCCUCUGCAGAAGCAACGGAGAUAGAGAGAGAGCGCAGCUCUUUGACCAUUCGAACGAGCAAUCUCUUCUUCUUCUUCUUCUUCUUCUGCAAUCGAUUCUCUGCAGUUCGAGAGUGAGUUUGGGAAUGGCGAUUCGGUCUCUUUCGUAGCUCGUGAACAUCUUCUAGAGAGAGAGAGAGAGAGGGAGGGAAAGGGAGGUUUGUGUUUUGAACUCGAGUGGCGCCGCCGCCGUCUUUCGCCGUAGAGCUCGAGUUCGGAGUUUCGGAGUUUCGGACUGCGGAAUCGAUGAUGGAGGCCGGCGAGUAGGAUCGUGCCCUAGAGGAGUGUAACCUGUCCAUGGUCCUCUCGGUGCCGCCGACAUCGGACGAUUCGGCGAUUGUCAUCGAAUGGAGACGCCGCCGGCGGAGGAACUGCUCCGGAAGAUCGAGGAGCUGGAGGCUGGCCAGGCGAACCUGAAGAACGAAAUGUCGAGGCUCAGGCUGUCGGGCGGCGGGCCCGACCCCAGGCCCGAGCACCGCGCCCGCCAGCGCUCCCACUCGGUGUCGCCCGAGCGGUCGGCCGCCCGGAGGAGGGCCGGGCUCGCGGCGCGCGCCUCCGGGUGGAAGAAGGGCUCCGCUACCUUCACACACUCGUCGCCGCUGCAGAGGGAGAGCCGGAGCCGAGGAGCCGCCGAAUGUGGGGGCGCGGGCAGCUUCGUCGGCGGGACUGCCAAGAUGAAUUUCACGGAGAGGCAGUAUUUGAACAUUCUGCAGUCUAUGGGGCAGGCUGUUCAUAUAUUUGAUCUCGAGGGUCGCAUAAUUUACUGGAAUCAAACUGCAGAAAACCUAUAUGGUUAUUCCGCAGCAGAAGCCCUGGGACAGGAUGCCAUUGAGCUCCUAAUUGAUUCCCGGGACUUUGGAAUAGCGAAUAAAAUUGUCAAUCAGGCGAUGGUGGGAGAGAGAUGGAUGGGACAGAUCCCUGUCAAGAAUAAGAUGGGCGAAAGAUUUUCAGCUGUUGCGACGAAUACUCCAUUUUAUGAUGAUGAUGGAGCGUUGGUGGGUAUCAUAUGCGUCUCGAGCGAUUCACAGCCCUUUCAGGAGCCAAGAGUUGAAAUGCCAGAAGUGAGGCAUUCAGAAGCAGAGUCAAGCCUAAGCCGCCUGAGAAACACUGCUACAAAUAAGCUUGGUCUUGAUGCUCAACAGCCUCUGCAAGUCGCAAUUGCCUCUAAGAUAUCCAAUUUGGCAUCCAAGGUGAGCAACAAAGUGAAGUCAAGGAUUCGGACAGGAGAGAAUCAUAUGGAUCGUGAUUAUGAGAGUAGUGAUACUCAUCAUUCUGAUAAUUGUCUCUCGGAUGACAAUAGGGAGGAUGCAGCAUCGAGUGGAGCUAGCACGCCCAGGGGAGAUGUACCUCCAUCCUCCUUUGGUGUUCACUACCAGAAAGAGGAGAAGUCGCCAGGAAAACAUGCUAAAGAUUCUAGCGAUGAGAGUGAAAAACCUCCGAUUCACAAGAUCAUUACAUCUAAGGCAGAGGCAUGGAUUGGUAAAAGAGGGCUAUCCUGGCCUUGGAAAGGCAAUGAAAGGGAAGGAUUAGAGGCCAGGAUUGGAAGAUCUGGUUUCAUAUCGUCGCAGAAUGACCAAGAAAAGAGAAGUCCUCCCAUGGCUGACCAAGAAAAGAGAAGUCCUCCCAUGGCUAAUCUAGAAAAUCAGAACAAUGAAAAUAACCGCACUCUCAAUGAAGCAUCGGGUUCUUGGUCCUCGUUUAAUGUUAACAGCACGAGCAGUGCCAGUAGCUGUGGAAGCACGAGUAGUGGUGCUGUGAAUAAGGCGGACCUGGAAGCAGACUGUUUGGAUUGUGAGAUACUGUGGGAAGACUUGACAAUUGGAGAACAAGUUGGGCAAGGUUCUUGUGGAACUGUCUAUCACGCUCUGUGGUACGGAUCAGAUGUGGCAGUGAAGGUAUUCUCGAUGCAAGAAUAUACAGAAGAAUUGAUAAAUUCCUUUAGACAAGAGGUUUCUCUUAUGAAAAGACUUCGGCAUCCCAAUGUUUUGCUUUUCAUGGGAGCAGUAACUUCACCUAACCGCCUCUGCAUAGUCACAGAGUUUCUUCCACGUGGAAGUUUGUUUCGCUUACUGCAGAGGAACACAGCCAAGUUGGAUUGGAGACGCCGCGUUCAUAUGGCGUUGGAUGUGGCUAGGGGCAUGAAUUAUCUGCAUCAUUACAAUCCACCUAUCAUUCAUCGUGAUUUGAAGUCCUCGAAUCUCUUAGUUGACAAGAGUUGGAAUGUGAAGGUGAGUGAUUUUGGUCUGUCGCGUCUGAAAUCUAAAGCAGAUCUCACAACAAAAACUGGGAAGGGAACGCCUCAAUGGAUGGCACCUGAAGUUCUCCGUAAUGAAGCCUCAGACGAGAAAUCUGACGUGUACAGUUAUGGAGUGGUCUUAUGGGAAAUUGCCACCCAGAAGAUCCCGUGGGAUAAUCUCAAUGCAGUGCAGGUAAUUGGUGCUGUGGGGUUUAUGAAUCAGCGGCUAGAUAUCCCUCAUGAUGUCGAUCCACAGUGGACAUCUAUAAUUGAGAGCUGUUGGCACAGUGAUCCGAAGUGCCGACCGACGUUCCAGGAAAUACUGGAAAGACUCAAAGAUUUGCAGAGACAGAACGCACUUCAAUUCCAGGCUUCCCGCUCUGCUGCCAGCGACAACACUCCAAGGGAAACGUGAACCAUCCGGUGCAUCAAGAGGAUUUGUCUAUUCAUUACAUUGGUGAACGGUCCAAGCAAACCUGGCUAUUCGCCAGGAAGUUGAUGUUGCCAACCAAUCUCGACCCGCUUUGCCGCUUCUGGACCAUAAAAUUUGGCGACCAGAUUUUUGGGACCAUUUUGAGAGGAUAGAAUGUUUGUCCUUCGUUUGAGCAAUUCAAUUGCGGGUGGAUCUAGGACGAUUGUAUGUCGGUUUUGUGCAUUUACCGGAAAAGUCACAAAGGAUCUUGUAGAUAUGUUGCAAAGUGUUGUGGAGAUCGGAGGCUAAGCACAUUAGCCAUUGCCAUCCAUUUGUUUGUGAUACAUUUAUAGGGGAACAUUACAUUCUCAUCAUAAAGCUGUACAAAUCAAAUUGACUUUGACGGCUCUUAGUGGUGAAACAGAGAGAUUUGCAAUGGUAA